GGCACGUCAACGCCAUCGAACACUACAAAGGGAGACAUCAACAAACACCGGGAGCGGCAAGUGUCAAUUACUGGAGGAACUUACGUCAAAGCAGACAGCUCUUUUCGUGGAAGUCGCCGGGGAUGACAAAUUUCGUUUCAUAAGUUGUGGCGAAGCCAAAAUUCGAGGCGGCAAAAGGUUAUUUCGUGAUAAGUCCACACAGCCCUCCCUAAAACCGUAGACCGGUGAGUAGUGGCUUUGACAAAAUCCGGGCAAGUAGUGAAAGACCUGGAGUCGUAACCGAAAAAGACCGGAACCGGUGCCAACGGGCUUUUGUCCGAGCCCCGAUGAGAACUGAAAUGUAUGGCGCCAGUGUAAAUUUUACUUUAGACACCUGAGGAGGGUAAAUCACCCAGUCAAGGAAGAACCCUUAUUCUGGACAGAAACCGGCAAAUGCGGUACUACGCACCAGUAUAUACGAUAUAGGACCGUGUGAGAUUCUUUCACAUAUUGUAGAGUUAUCAAAAUUUCGACUAUACCCGAAAGUGGCCUUCCCUUACAUAUUUAUUUUAAAUUUUUCAAUAUUUAACACGCAAAUCCAAAUGCAAUAAAACUUAAAACAAAUUGUAGGGCAAUCAAUCAAUUGUCAUAGAUUUUUAAUUUAUCUACAUUUUUUUAAAUUUUCCUAACAAGCAGUAUACAAUUAAGCAGAAAAAUACUCAUCAAAACUUAUUGAAAUGGAGACCUCCAGGAAGUUUCGUUGGCUCGUGUUUAUAUAUCUGUUCAUUUCAAGUGGGUUUGUUGAUACUUUUACAAAAUUAACCAACAUCAACUGCAAAACGCUGGAUAAGCCUUUCGCCGAUUUCAAGAGUUGUCGCCUGCAUGUGCCGAAAAGGGGAGAGAUCGCAUUAUCCUUGCAUGUUCGGCUCUUUCAGUUACCAGUUAAUAAUGUCAGUGUAAACCUUGCAUUUUUCAAGAAAGCCAGUGGUUACCGUCCAUUUUUGUACAAUGUUACCGUCGAUUUUUGUGGUUACAUGGCGAACAAGAAACGUUAUCCUUUCCUUAAUAUAUUCCAUGGUGCCUUCCUGACGAAGUCCAACAUUAACCACACCUGUCCCUAUAACCAUGACAUAAUCAUUCAAAAUCUAAUAUUGCGGGAUGAUAUGUUCGGGCGGCUACCGGUGCCAGCGGGAGAGUAUAUGACUAAGUUGAUGGUGGGAGCCUACAACGAAUGGAAGGCUGAUGUGAAGGCUUACUUCACAAUAAAACUCAAUAAAGAGUAGCAUUUAGUUGAGGAAGUGAUAGCAAAUAUGAAAAAUAGAUGAAUUUAUAUUAUGCAAAAAACUAAGAAAGAUGCCAACCUAUUUCGAAAAUAUUGUCAAAAGAUAUUUAUCGUAAAACAUUAUAUAUUAAUGCUUGCUUUUAUAAUAUUUUAUUUAUUGGAUUUGUUCUAAUAAAUAAACUUAUAAAUGGUAACUUUAAUGUAAAUGUAAUAAAAUUGCUCGGGGUGUAAAAAUGCGUCUGUCUUUUCACUUUGAGUGAAGUGAAUCUGUAAUAAGGGUGGAAGUCAGGUCAGUUUUUAUUGUAUAACAUAAUUUAUUUUAUAAAUUUCUUU